AUGAAGGUAACGGCUGGACUUUUCGAUGGCCUCAAGAGCAAGUCUCCUGCCAAGGAGGUGCGCAAGGGCAACGUGAAGUUGCCGCCCCCCCGCACCCCCAAGGUGGAUUUCCCCACCAAGCUGUCCAAGCCCAAGGCCCCCGUGGCGCCCCCGAAGAAGAGCCCUCUGCCCGAGGUCACCAAGUUUGCCCGGGCGUCUGUGCCCCAGACCAACCGUGAUCUGGACCGGAAGGGAGGCAGGUCCUCGUACAACCUGGGCCGUGGCAGCACCCGCAAGCAGGGCGAGACGCUGUGGCUGCCCAACACCCCCCGCCCCGAGUGGCUGGACGGCUCCCUCCCCGGUGACCGCGGCUUCGACCCCCUGGGCCUGUCCAAGCCCACCUCCUACAUCCAGAUGGACCUGGACGCGCUGGACCAGAACUCGGCGGUGAACAAGGCGGGCGGCGUGGUGGGGUCCUUCGCCUCCAACGCCGAUGAGGUGUCCCCCGACGCGCUGGCGCCUUACAGCGAGGUCUUCGGCCUCGCCCGCUUCCGCGAGAACGAGGUCAUCCACGGGCGCUGGGCCAUGCUGGCCACGCUGGGCGUGAUCGUGGCCGAGGCUUCCACGGGCGUGGCCUGGCAGGACGCGGGCAAGGUGGAGCUGGACGGCGCACAGUACCUCGGCUUCCCCCUGCCCUUCACCCUCACCCAGCUGGUCUGGAUCGAGGCGCUGCUGGUGGGCGGCGCCGAGGUGUACCGCAACACCGAGCUGGACACGGAGAAGCGGGCCUACCCCGGCGGCUGGUUCGACCCCCUGCGCCUCGCCUCGGGCGACGACAACCGCGCCUUCAAGCUCAAGGAGGCCGAGCUCAAACACGGGCGCCUGGCCAUGAUUGCGUUCCUGGGUUUCAGCGUGCAGGCCUGGACCACAGGCGAGGGAGCCCUGGGGUCGCUGGCCAAGUUCGCCACCUCCUUUGCCGGAUGA